UAGCGACAUCUUGAGUUCGUUUUGACAUGUAUUGCUGUAGCUGGUUAUUUUCAUUUUCCUUUUCCUCUCCCUCCGAUCCCGAUCUUGUUGACAUGUAAAGGGAAAAAGACAUGAGCUUGUCUAGACUUGUGACUGGGUGAUUUGACGAGUUUCACCACAACCUCCGUUCCCCGUAUUGUGAACGUCGACUUCGCCCAUAUUUCCCAACGCGAUCUUGCAUAUGUGUUUUCGCUGGUGACAUUGUGUUCAGCAGAAUGGACACCUCUACUUGUGAAAUUUCAGCAGAACCAGACGGAGAACAUAAUUCUUCCCUCCUCAGUAACUGUGAAAACUUCAGCUAUAAUGAAAUAUCAGUUAGUUCUGAGAAGAACAUUCAAUCUGCCUCCUGCAGUAGCAAUAUGGAAGUUGAUGAGGCUCCUUUCAGCCAUAGAACUGGUGACUUCUUGCCUCCUUUUAAUUCAAGUAUCUCAUCUGGAGAUAUUUGUUUGAAUGAUGUUGAGGUAGAGGAAACAGUCAGUGUGAGAGAUAUUGACAGUUUGACAGAGAAGCCUGUCAGAGACAACUCUGAGUUUGACCUCCCGCCUCCUUUAACUUUAAGUAACUCCUCUGGAGAUAUUUGUUUGAAUGAUGGUGGCGUAGUGGAAACAGUCAGUGUGAGAGAUAUUGACAGUUUGACAGAGAAGCCUGUCAGUGACAACUCUGAGUUGGCUAAAAUUAUUAAAAAUCGUGGCACCAAUCCAUUUUCUGAGUUUUCUGACUUUGUGCCUUUAGAACAUGUGGAGAGUGUGUUAAAAGUUGACACAGAAGUUAAAACAGAGAUUGAAGAUGUUGCUGAAUGUGAAAUUCCCCCUGAACCUUGUGUUUCUAAACUUGAAUUAUUAUCAGAAGAUGAAAUUAACUUUGAUGGUAUUUCAAGGAAGUCAUGUGCUGAGUCAUCAAGUUCAAAAGAUGGUAGUCCAAGUGAACCAAGUUGCUCAGGGACAUCACGCACAGGCCUCCAUUCACUGAGCUCAGAUUCUGAAGAUGAUUUGCCAUCAAUCAACAUUCCACUUCCGUUCAAGAAGCGUAAAAGAGAAAAACCUGUUGAAAUAAUUAGCAGCAGCAGUUGUAGUGAGGAUGAAAAGUCAGACAUAGACUAUGCUAAUUUGACACCUGAACAAAUAAAAGCACUCAUUGAACAGGCUAAACGAUAUGGCAGAGUGAAAAGGUGUAAAUGUCCCAAGAAAAAGUGGUCUGAACUACCCAUUAAGGGUCCUACUCAAGGUUCAGGAAAGUGCACUAUAGGAAAGGGUGACUGGAGUGAGAAUGUCUCCGAACCUUGUCAAGAAUGUGCAGGUGGAACAUGUAAUGACAACCGUCAUAAACGUGGAAGACAUGGCAGAAGGAGAGUUCAGCAUACACGUAGCAUAUUGUCUAAAUCAAGAGCCCGUGGUACAAUUGGUCUAGAUGUUCCUAUUAUUGAAUUAUCAGACUCCGAGGAAGUAACUCCUGCUUCAACCACUGUCGUGUCAGAAGUUACCAUCAGUGCUGUUCCUUCUGGAGAAUGUAUAGUACUCUCCUCUUCAGAAGAUGAUGAUGAUAUUGUUUGUGAAGGUGUGAUACAAGCAGAAGUGAAAGCUCAGGCAACAGAGCCAGAAGUUACAGCCAAGCAUAUUAGACCUGAUGUGGUUGUACUUAACACUUCAGCUGCUCCAGUUCAUUCUAGCUUCCCCUACUUUUCUCAGUCGACUUCUGUAUUUCCUUCCUUGUCUACAGCACCACUAUGUCCACCAGUACCUCUUCCUACUCAUGCUGUAUCCCUAGGGCAGGACUCUGAAACUUGGCCGGAUCUUAGUGUUGACUUAGAAAAUUGGGAUGUGACCAUGAAUCUACUGGCCAACAUUUGUGGGCCUCCGAGCACUGAUGGCUUGCUUGGAAAUGAUUCGCGAGUAAUUCCAACACCACCAGAAAGACCACCAACACCUGAAGGAUGGAGCUGUCCAAUAUGUCUGGAGUCAAAAACAGCAGUUAAUGAAAUAAUGUCUACAACCUGUGGACAUGUAUUCUGUGGUAAUUGCAUCCGUUCUGCUGUUAGGAUACAUAAAAAGUGUCCAACUUGUCGGAAAAAAUUAACUAUGAAACAGUUUCACAAGAUAUUCCUUUAGAGAUCAAAUGUAUUGCGCAAAUACCUCUUUCUUUGUUGGACGUACUUUAAAAUUGAUAUUAUUCAAGCCUGACUUAUAGUUUUGUAUAUAAAAAUUUAUAAUUACUUACAUUUAAUUUAUGUUGUCUACUUAUAGUUUGAGAUUUUCUAUAGAUGUCUUGAAUUGAAAAGUUGUCAAACCACCUCCUACAUGAAAUAUGUGGUAUAAAGCACUACAAGGUGGUGCUGGCAUAUGUUAGUGUAGAUCUGAAGUGUACAAACAAGUAGGGUGAAAUAUUUUGUGAUGAGGUACUUAUUAUUAUUUCUCCCCUAGUAACUUUUCAACUGGGCACUAUUCAGCUAUAGGUGAAAUGUCUAUCGGUUCUAUCUGGUGUACUUUUUAUCAUGUUUCGAUGUAAAUAUUGUGGACUAGAAGACUUAUGUAAAAUUAUGUCUAAGUAGUUAUUGCAAUAAUUACUUUUGACAUUAUCUGCAUUUGUAAAUUUAUUUCCUUUUUUUUAGAAGUUCUAUUUACUUAUGUUACAAACUUUUAAUUUUUCAUUGAGUUAUCUUAUAAGAUUUUACCUAAUGACAAUUUCAACCUUUUUGUACAUUAGUGUUUCUGUUUACUGCUCCUCUUGUUACCUUUUCAACAAAUUGUUUAAUUCUGAGUGAUGCAGUCCAAAUUGUGAAAGGCUCAGGUGACUUUUCAUUGUCCAAUUUCAAAGAAAGAAAAGUUUCUUUCUAUCCAUUCAAAUGUAUUACUUUUUGCUUGAAACACAUCAACCUUUAUUUAUAUAACAUCAUGAGGACACCCUACAUUUGGAACAUAUCUGUGAUCUUCAUGUAGAUUGUAAAUGCAGAAUAUCUGCCCCCAAUUGUCAUGAUAGUUUUAUGUGUUUGUCUAUUCAUAUUUUUAAAUAAGUUCAAUGUUCUUUUUUUCUUUUUUGUUUUUUUGCUCCUAGUGAACCGUCUUGGUAUUCUGCAUUUGCUCUUAUCUCCCGUAAAUUAUAUUUCCUAUACCUCAAUUAAAGUUUUCAAAAUGAUCA